CUCGGCUGCAGCGAGCCGCCUGGGCAAGGCGGGCUUGUACCCCUCUCUGAGAGCCUGGCCCAUUCCAUCCGAUUCGGUCAACAUGGAUUUCAGGGAAAUUCUCAUGAUAGCCUCUAAAGGACAGGGAGUCAACAACGUACCGAAAAGGUAUAGUUUGGCAGUGGGUCCUCCCAAAAAAGACCCAAAAGUUAAGGGUGUCCAAUCAGCAGCUGUGCAAGCUUUUCUCAGAAGAAAAGAAGAGGAGCUCAGACGAAAAGCCUUAGAGGAGAAAAGGAGAAAAGAGGAACUAGUGAAAAAGCGAAUUGAACUAAAACAUGACAAGAAAGCAAGAGCUAUGGCCAAGAGGACAAAGGACAAUUUCCAUGGUUACAAUGGGAUUCCUGUUGAGGAAAAGUCAAAGAAGAGACAGGCAAUGGAAAGCCACACUGGUCAGGGAACAGACCAAGAGUAUGAGAUGGAAGAAGAGGAAGAAUUCUUAGAAUACAAUCAAGCAGCAUCAGAGCAAGAAUAUGAGGAAGAACAAGAACCUCCCAAAGUUGAAAGCAAACCAAAGGUUCCCCUUAAAAGUGCCCCACCACUCAUGAACUUCACUGAUCUACUGAGGCUGGCUGAGAAAAAGCAGCAUGAACCAGUGGAAAUCAAGGUAGUAAAGAAAACGGAGGAGCGGCCUAUGACUGCACAAGAACUUAGGGAGCGAGAAUUUCUUGAACGAAAGCAUAGGAAAAAGAAACCUGAGGCAGAUGCAAGACUACCUCCAACCAAAAAGGCACCUUCUCAGAAAGAAAGUGUGGGCACAAAACUUAGCAAAGUUUCUGGGGACAGGCAUCCUUCUUCCAAGGGUACUUCCCUUCCUCAUGCUGAGAAGAAAUCCAGACCUAGCACAGCUAAGGAGAAACAUUUAGGUUUGUUUUCAUCCAAAUCUAUGCCAGGAGAGAGGACCAAAGUGGGAUCUGGCAACUACUCCCAACCCGCACUUCAUGAGGACCAUGACAGGCCUGUUUUCAAUGGGGCUGGAAAAACCCACUCAAGCACCUAUUCACCAAGUGUCCCAAAGACUUCUGCUAAAGGGACUCAGAAAUAUGUUACUGAGCACAAAGCCAAAAAAUCUCCUUCCCAUUCUAGCCAUUCCAGACCUGGGCCCGUGGCCACCCCACAUAAUAAGGCUAAGAGUCCAGGUGUUAGGCAGUCAGGCAGCAGCUCCAGCUCAGCUCCUGGGCGGCCCAGCAUAGGGACUGCUCGGCCCUCAGGUAGUUCUGGCCCCGUGCCCAGGCGCCAGAACGGCAGCUCCAGCUCAGGACCUGAGCGAUCAGUCAGUGGGACCAAAAGGCCAGCUAGUGACUUAAACCAUUCUGGACGGACAGUCAGUGGUACAAGUGGCCCUGGACGACCCAUCAGUGGCUCGGGUGGUUCUGGGAGAUCAGUGAGCAGCUCUGGUGGCCCUGGGCGGCCUGGGAACAGUCCACAUGACUUUCGACGACCAGUGAGUGGCUCAGUGCCCCCUGGGCGUUCAGUCAGUGGCCCUGGGCGAUCAGUAAGUGGCUCAGUUCCAGCUGGACGGACUGUUAGUCGUUCAGGCCCUGGAAGACCAGUGAGCAGCUUGGGACCUGGGCGAAUAGUUAGUAGCUCAGGCACCUCCCCAAAGCCCAGGUGCACUGUUGUCUCAGAAACAAUUUCUUCCAAGAAUAUCAUUAGCCGGUCCAGCAAUGGACAGAUGAAUGGAAUGAAACCUUCCUUAUCCGGCUACAGAUCUGCCCAAGGCCCUCAAAGGCUUCCCUUCCCUAGUGGUUACAAAAGGCAGCGAGAAUAUGAUGAGGAGGAAGAUGAUGACUAUGACUCUGAAAUGGAAGAUUUUAUAGAAGAUGAAGGAGAACCUCAGGAAGAGAUAUCCAAGCACAUUCGAGAAAUCUUUGGCUAUGACCGAAAAAAAUACAAAGAUGAAAGUGAUUAUGCCUUACGUUACAUGGAGAGCAGUUGGAAAGAGCAGCAGAAGGAGGAAGCAAAGAGUUUAAGGCUAGGUAUGCAAGAGGACUUAGAGGAAAUGAGACGCGAGGAAGAAAUGAAAUGCCGAAAGGUCAAGAAGCUGAAAAGGCGUUAGCUGCUGCUUUUAUUUAUUUUUGUGAAAUUCUGGAGACACUCUACUGCAAGGAAGUCCUGCCUUCAGACUGAAAAAGCCCCUUUAUCACUUUAGAUUUAUACUUGGGUCCUCAAGGACAAGGAAUGCGUACUGUAUAUUUUGAGCAUAAAGUAUUUUCAGAUACUUUCUGGGGUGAAAUCUGUAAUGCAGUGAGUGCUCAUAUGAAGUUAACUGUUCCCAGGUGCCGGCCUUGAUCCUGAUGAGCUAUGCACUCUAAUGUGGGGCCACUCAACAGUCAGCCAGUCUUCUGUUGUUCCUUUGCUAUUUUAAAAAGGAAGAAAGAUUGCCUCUUGACUUCCAUAAUUCUGUUGAUGCGUGAGUAGGGCAAUGGCUGGCUCCCAGUCAGACUUAUUUUGUCUUUUUAUAAGGAACCUGGUCCUUCUGUGAAUGUUGCCAGCAAUAAAGUGGCCUGUCCUAAUCUAUAUGUUUGGAUUGAGAACUUGAACAUGUAGAGUAGGCUUUCUAAUUACCAUAUGGAUGUCAUCUCUUGACUUUGAAGUAAAAAGUAGAAUAAAUUAUAUUGUAUUCUGUAUUCAUGGACUGGAUGCUGAGCAUUCUUAUUCACUGAUUCAGGUGAUCAGGCAAUUAACAAAAAAAUUCCAAUUAAAAUACAAGUUAUGCCAUUUAGUGUAAGAAUAUUCUUUUCCAAGUUUUCCUUUCAGAUUUUUGUAAAAUAGACAAUGUCACUGUGCUGAUUUUUAUCUAAAAAUUCAUUUUUAUACUGAAGAAAAAAUAUUUUAUUCAAACAUUAGAGCUGGAAGAGUAGUAAGUUUAAAAAGUAAGCAAGUGACAUGUGAGGCUCCCCCCCCUCCCCAUUAUAAAGAUAUUUUGGAAUCCAAGGUGCCCUUGUACCUCUGGAUAUUAAUGACUGCAUUUUUGUCUUAAAAUUCCUUAGCAAUUAAUGGCAAAAACCAAAAACUAAAAUUAAUGUGUAUGAAGAGCACCACCUUCUCUUUUUUGCCCAUGUUGCACUUUUAUUUCAAACUAUGCACACUGUGAAGAGAUUUUUUUUCUCCAGUUAGAAAAGGCUAUUUCCUGUUACUGGUGGUGUAGUGGGCUGUGGGACUUGCUUCUUUCUUCAAGUCCUAUCUAUAGACUUGCUAUCUCUUAAGACUCAAAUGCAAGCAAUUCUCAGGCUGACUAGAGUAAAGCCAAGUCUCAAGGAAAGUCAGCAACAGAAAAUGAGAUAUGAUGCUAGAGAGCAUCUGUCCUUGAUUCUAAAUGUGGAGGGUUGGGGACAGUGGGGCAUAAGCUUAUAGAACAUUUUUACAAUAAAUAUUGUGGCUACUGUAAGCCAUUCGAUGGUAGGGAUUAAGUAGGAAAGGUGGUUCUACAAAGAAUCCUUAUUCUUCAGUAGAUCCAAAACUUGUUUUUGUGUAUUUCUUUUUAUCCAUAAAGCUUUCUUUAUUCUUAAAGUUUGGGUAUUAUAGAUGACCAUUAUUGGCCUUCCUUAAUGAGUUCACCGUGUGACCCAGUCCCUUAACUCUGACUCAUUUUGAAUUGAGUUUCAAACUUUGAAAGUGCAAGGAUUUAAUUUUGAAGUUGAAUCCAGUGAAAGGUGUCUUCCUCUCUAGGAAUAACACCCUUUCUAAUGCUCCACAUAGACUGUUACACUGGUGGCAGGAAAUCCUAUUAACUGCCUCUCACCCAUCUUAAAUACCUUCAGUGAAAUUGAUGUAAGGGUAGUGUGAUGUUCCAUGUAAUGAAACAGGUUUGGAACAUUACCUCCAGUUUUUUUUCUUGGAUAAUUUUUUCCCCCAAUAUUCAGACUCUUUGAAAUCAGCAAUUACAAUCAAGUGCUUGUCACAGCUGAAAGAUUUUUGGUGGCUUAAAGUUUACUAGCACUUUACUCAAUAUUGUGCAGUUAUUUGUACAGAAAGGCACCAUUGUGCUAGAUAAAAGUUCCCGAACUUGGUAAGAAGAGUCAGGUUGUGUCCUUAUGCAUCUGUCACUUCUGAGUGUGUUUCUUCUCUAAUAUAGAUGUUGAUUUUAGUAUUCUCCAACAUCAACAUUACAAAAGGGCACUUCUGUAGCUCAUUAAAAAAAAAAAAAAAAAA